AUGUCAAUGGGCUAUCUCGUGGGAGAGGAUGCGCCCGUCGUAUGGCGCGGCAUGAUGGUGAUGAAAGCGCUGCAACAGCUCCUGCACGAAGUUGACUGGGGCGGCCUCGACAUCCUCGUGCUCGACCUGCCUCCCGGAACGGGUGACACGCAGCUGAGCAUCACGCAGCAGAUCGUCCUGGACGGAUCGGUCAUCGUGACCACCCCUCACACCCUGGCCGUCAAGGACGCCGUCAAGGGCAUCAACAUGUUCAAGAAGGUCAAUGUUCCGCUCUUAGGCCUGGUUCAGAACAUGUCUGUCUUCCAUUGCCCUCACUGCCAGGGCGAUACCCAUGUGUUCGGGUCGAGUGAAGGGGUGCGCAAGAUUUGCGCGGAGCAUCAGCUGGAUUUUCUCGGCGAUAUACCGCUUCAUCCGAACAUUGGAAGUGAUGCUCAAGAGGGCAAGCCUACCGUUGUCGCUGAGCCGGAGAGUGAGCGGGCUCGCGUCUUUAUGGACAUAUCCCGAGCUGUAGCGUCGAAGAUCGGACUAUGA